AUGGCUCAACGAAUCACCCAGCUUGCCUCCCACCUCGACCCGCGAUCGUGGUCCGGAAAGGGGCUGCAUGCACACACGGCCAAGAAUGACUCGGACGUCGUCAUCGUCGCCGCUGGUCGCACACCCUUUACCAAGGCCUACAAGGGCUCUAUGAAGGACUCCAAAUUCGACCUGCUGUGUUACGAGUUCUUCAAGUCGCUUCUCGCCUCGUCCGCUGUCGACCCUUCACUCAUCCAAGAUGUCGUGGUGGGAAACGUGCACAACGACGAGGCACCGUACUAUGUGCGUGCAGCUGCGCUUGCUGCGGGAAUUCCCAACACCACGCCGGCACUUGUGGUUAACAGAUUCUGUUCGUCGGGUCUCAUGGCCAUCCGUACCAUCGCUAACGGCAUUCAGGCCGGCGAGAUCGAGUGUGGUCUUGCGUGCGGUAUCGAACACAUGUCGACGCAGCCCAAGCGACCCACGGUCAUCUCGGAGGAGCUGAGCAAGGCCAGUCAGGAGGCAGACGACUGCAAGAUGCCGAUGGGCUGGACGUCCGAGAACGUCGCCAAGGACUUCAACAUCUCGCGCGCCAAGAUGGACGAGUACGCAGCCAGGUCCCACCAGCGUGCGGUCCAGGCCCAGUCGCAGGGCAAAUUCGACGCCGAGAUCUUCCCCAUCUCUGUCCCUACCGUCAACAAGGACGGCGCCAAGCAGACCACCAUCGUCUCCGCCGACGAAGGCCCUCGCCCGGGCACUACGGCAGAAUCGCUCGGCAAGAUCAAGGCCGCCUUCCCGCAAUGGGCACCCAGCAACACCACAGGCGGCAACGCGUCGCAGAUCACCGACGGAGCCGCAGGCGUCAUCCUCAUGCGCCGCUCUCUCGCCAACAAGCUCGGCCUCAAAGUGCUCGGCAAGUACGUCUCGUGUGCUGUUACUGGCUUGGAGCCUAGAAUCAUGGGCAUCGGCCCCAGCUCCGCCAUCCCUGCCGUGCUUGCGCAGACAGGUGUCAAGCAGGAGGAAGUCGACCUGUUCGAGAUCAACGAGGCCUUCGCCAGCAUGUAUGUCUACUGCGUGGAGAAGUUGGGUCUCGAUCCCGAGAAGGUCAACGUCAAUGGUGGUGCCUGCGCCCUUGGCCACCCGCUGGGCGCCACGGGUGCUAGGCUGGUCGUGACUGCAUUGAAGGAGUUGGAGAGGAGGAAUCAGAAGGUGGCCGUGGUGUCCAUGUGCAUCGGGCUUGGCAUGGGCGCAGCUGGCCUGAUUUUGAGGGAGGAUUAG